GAGGGAGUUGGGACCCAGAUUUUUCCAGUUAAUCACACAACAAACUUAGAUCAUCGCAAUAAAAAGCAGCUCGGCUCACUCUGUCUCCUCUAGUGACCGGUUGUGCACUGGGUCCUUCCGAGGAGCCGUCUCCUCUUCUCCUCCCCGCCAGCCGCCGGGGGAGCCGUCAACACCAUGUGGGUCACCCAACUCCUGCCAGCCUUGCUGCUCCAUCAGCUGCUGCUGCUUCCCAUCACCAUCCCUGUGGCAGAUGGUAAAGGAAGAAGGAGAAAUCCUCUUCAUGACUUCAAAAAAACAGGAGAAUUGAUGCUUAUUAAAGUAAACAAAACACUGGAAGUAAAAACCAAGCUGCUAAAUACCACUGAGCAAUGUGCCAAGAGAUGCAGCAGGAACAAAGGCCUUUCAUUUACUUGCAAGGCCUUUGCUUAUGACAGAGUUACAAAACGGUGCCAUUGGUUAUCCUUCAACAGCUUGACAAAUGGUGUGAGAAAGAAGCAAGACCAUGCGUUUGAUCUGUAUGAAAAGAAGGACUACGUCAGGAAUUGUAUCAUUGGAAAAGGAGCAGACUACAAAGGAACCAUAUCUGUUACUAAAAGUGGUAUCCAGUGUCAAGCCUGGAAUUCAAUGAUCCCCCAUGAGCACAGCUUUUUGCCUUCGAGCUAUCGGGGUAAAGACCUGCGAGAAAACUACUGCCGAAACCCCCGAGGGGAAGAAGGAGGGCCCUGGUGUUUUACCACCAGUCCAGAGAUACGUCAUGAAGUCUGUGAUAUUCCCCUCUGCUCACAAGUUGAAUGCAUGACCUGCAAUGGAGAGAGCUACAGAGGGCCAAUGGAUCACACGGAGUCAGGCAAGGAGUGUCAGCGCUGGGAUCUUCAGAGACCACACAAGCACAAAUUUCGGCCAGAGAGAUAUCCUGACAAGGGCUUUGAUGAUAAUUACUGCCGCAAUCCUGAUGGCAAACUGAGACCCUGGUGCUACACUCUUGACCCUAACACCCCCUGGGAAUUCUGUGCAAUUAAAACGUGUGAUGAAAGCGUUGUGAAUACCACAGAGGCAACAGCUGUGACAUCAACAUGCAUUCAGGGACAGGGUGAGAGUUACCGUGGCAUGGUCAACACCAUAUGGAGUGGAAUUCAGUGCCAGAGGUGGGACUCACAGUUUCCUCACCAGCACAACAUCACUCCUGAGAACUUCAAGUGCAAAGAUUUGAGGGAGAACUACUGCCGAAAUCCAGAUGGAUCUGAAUCACCCUGGUGUUUUACCACUGACCCAAACAUCCGUAUUGGUUAUUGCUCCCAGAUUCCUAAAUGUGACGUGUCAAAUGAACAAGACUGUUAUCGUGGCAAUGGCAAGAGUUACAUGGGGAAUUUAUCCAAAACAAGGUUUGGGCUAACUUGCUCUACAUGGGACAAGAAUAUUGAAGACUUACGUAGGCAUAUACAAAUAUUCAGAGAACCAGAUGUUAGUAAACUGAAGAAAAACUAUUGCCGCAACCCAGAUGAUGAUUUUCAUGGUCCCUGGUGUUACACAGAUGAUCCUCUCGUUCCCUGGGAUUACUGUCCUAUUUCUCGAUGUGAAGGUGAUACAACUCCUACUACAACCAGCUUGGAUGAUACUGUCAUUCCUUGUGCCUCAACAAAACAUUUGAGAGUGGUAAAUGGAAUCCCAACACAAACUAAUGAAGGAUGGGUGGUUAGUUUGACAUACAGGAAUAAACAUAUCUGUGGAGGCACUUUGAUAAAGGAAGAGUGGGUUCUGACAGCAAGGCAAUGUUUCCCCUCUCGGUACAAAGAUUUGAAAGACUAUAAAGCCUGGCUUGGAGUCCACAAUAUCAAAGGAAAAGGAGAGGAGAAGCACAGACAAGUCCUGAACAUCUCGCAGUUGGUAUAUGGCCCCACAGGGUCAGAUUUGGUUUUACUGAAACUUAGCAGACCUGCCAUAUUGACAAAUUUUGUAGAAAUAAUCCGAUUGCCCAUUUCUGGGUGUACCAUUCCAGAGAAGACCAGUUGCAGUGUUUAUGGAUGGGGAUACACUGGAUUAGUCAAUUAUGAUGGCCUGCUCCGAGUAGCAAACCUGCUAAUUUUGGGAAAUGAGAAAUGCAACCAAUAUCUCAAAGGGAAGAUCACUGUGAAUGAGUCAGAAAUCUGUGCUGUGGCUGAAACCAUUGGUGCUGGGCCUUGUGAGCGAGAUUAUGGUGGUCCCUUGGUUUGUGAACAAAACAGACUGAAGAUAGUGGUUGGUGUCAUUGUUCCUGGCCGCGGAUGUGCCAUUCGAAAUCGUCCUGGGAUUUUUGUCCGAGUCUCAUAUUAUUCCCGGUGGAUACAUAAGAUUAUGAUGACCUAUAGAAAGCCCUGAAAAACUCAACAACUUCUAUUCAAAGAAAGACUUGGGACAGCAUGAAAUUAAUGUGUAAUGUAAAGAUCAACAAUUUUUUUUUAAAACUACUUGAUAGUCAAGUUUGUUGAGCUUCUUUUAAUAUUUAUGGGUGUUUUUGGUGUUUUUGUCUCUCAGUGUUGUUUUAUAAAUAUUGGAGUGACCU